AACGCCCCCCCUCACUGCCUCACUUGUAAAACCUCUGGAUUUUUCUUUAUUUUUAUCACCACCAUCCUUCACCCUCUUCUUUAUACUGCACGUGCCUUUUUUCCUGUUGUCGCUCGAAAGAAGCUGUCAGCACAAGAUGCGUCUGACCGUACUAGUCUCGUCGCUACUCUUAGCGACAACUGCUACCGCUGGCGGUCCUAGCUUUGGCCAGGCUGAGAAGAAGUACCUAGAACAUGUUGCCAACAGACUCAAGAACCACGCUGCGAAGGUCGAGGCUGCCCCGGUCGUCGAGCGUGAUGUUGCUAAAGUUCAAGAACCCAAAUUCCUGAAUGACAACACCACAAGGUUUGCCGUCGACGGGAAGAACAUUCCUGAUGUUGACUUUGAUGUGGGAGAGUCCUAUGCUGGCACCUUGCCCAUCAGCCAGGACCCCGAGGAGAAGAGCGAGCUUUUCUGGUGGUUCUUCCCAUCUACGAACCCCGCUGCUAAGAAGGAGAUCCUGAUAUGGCUCAACGGUGGUCCCGGCUGCUCCUCACUGGAAGGUUUCCUCCAAGAAAACGGCCCGUUCCUCUGGCAGUAUGGCACUUACAAGCCCGUCAAGAACCCCUGGAGCUGGCACACCCUGACCAACGUCAUCUGGGUCGAGCAGCCCGUCGGCACCGGCUUCUCUACCGGCAACGUCACCGCCACUAGCGAGGAGGAUGUUGCCGCUCAAUUCAUGGGUUUCUGGAAGAACUUCAUCGACACCUUUGCCAUGCAGGGCUACAAGGUGUACAUCACCGGCGAAUCCUAUGCCGGCCUCUACUGCCCCUACAUCGCCUCCGCCUUCCUUGACGCCAAUGACAAGACCUACUACGACAUGUCCGGCCUGAUGAUCUACGACCCCGUAAUCUCGUGGGACGAAGUCGCCGAGCAGGUCCCUGUCGUCCAGUUCACCGAGUACUGGUCGGGACUCUUCCCCUUCAACGACACCUUCCGGGCGCACAUCAAGUCGGUCGACGCCAAAUGCGGCUAUUCCGACUUCGUCUCGCAGUACCUGGUGUAUCCGCCCAAGGGCCUACAGCCCUCCAAGCUGCCCGGUACCGAUCAGACCGGCACCACGCGCGACGAAUGCUGGGGACUGUUCUACGAGAUCUUCGACGCCAUUUUGCUGUUGAAUCCGUGCUUCAACAUCUACCAGGUGGCCACCACCUGUCCCCUGCUGUGGGACGUGCUUGGGUUUCCGGGAUCGAUGGGGUACCUGCCCGAGGGUGCCAAGGUGUAUUUUGACCGAGACGACGUCAAGAAGGCAGUCCACGCGCCUGAAAACGUCAAGUGGUCCAGUUGCUCGGAGCAGAACGUGUUCGUGGGCGGACGUGACCGGUCGGAGCCGUCGAGCUUCCAUGCCUUGCCGCAUGUCAUCGAUGCGACCAAGAACGUGAUCAUCGGCCACGGCGCGCUGGAUAUGGUCCUGAUCGCCAACGGCACCCUCCUGGGCAUCCAAAACAUGACUUGGGGCGGCAAGCUCGGGUUCCAGAACAAGCCCGACCAACCGUUUUAUGUGCCGUACAACACCAUGACGGACCUGUCGACGCUGGCGGCCGGCGGCGUGUUCGGAUCCAUGGGCAGCGAGCGAGGCUUGACCUGGGUACAGAUCGACAUGUCGGGCCACAUGGUGCCGCAGUAUGCGCCGUCGGCGGCGUACAGGCAGCUAGAGUUCUUGCUGGGCAGAGUCGACUGCUUGAACUGCACGGUCCCGUUCACGACGAACCCGGAUGCGCCGCAGAGCCAGCAGCCCUUGGGCGAGGGGACGGCGCCUCAGAGCUGGAGUCAGUUCCCGGGGAAGACGGGGAAACAGCAUGGAGGCGGAAGGGGCAGGUUCGUCAGGUGAAGGGGACGUAAUGGUGAUGAAGGUUAUGAUGGAUGAAGUGUUCCGAUACCAGUCGGCGAAUGAGGAGAGGUUCAAAACGAUCAAAAUUU